CUCAACAACAAUAACAUAACCUACAAAUGGAUACAUUUAAAUUGGAAAGAAGUUAAAAAGUUUUCUUGUUUAUUUUACAAUAACCAGUUAAGAAUGCCAUUACCUCCAGUCCUUUUAGCCAAAUUAUCGAAAAGAGGAAUAAUAACACCUAAACAAAAGCCGGAACAUAUUAAAAAGCAAGAUUUUAAGGGACUAGCUACAUGCCCCAACAAAAGUAAUAUAUAUCAUGAGUGUAAUUAUUGGUGUGAAACGCACUGGAAAGGUGUACCAACUCCAGAUACAAGAUAUGUUCGUAAUAUGCAGAAAUUAUUAGUAAAGUACCCUAUGCCUAAUAAUUGGACGGAGGUUUUUGACAAAGGGAUUGGCAGAUAUUAUUAUUGGAAUAUGGAAAAUGAUUUAGUCUCAUGGUUACCUCCUAAACAUCCUAAGUCUAUAAAAUGCCAAAGUGCUGCUAAGUUACGUGAAAAUCGUCUUAAAAUGAAAGAAAGAGAAGAACGUAUAGAACGAGAAAAGGAUCACGAUAAGGAACGAGAUUCAGAUGACGAUGAAAGAAGUUACAGGAGUAAACAUUCCGAUAGGAGGGACAGAGACAGAGAUAGAGAAAGGGAAGACAGAAGACACAGGAGGGAGGAUCGCCAUCGAAGUAAAAAGUCUAAAAAAGAUGAAAUUGAUCCGAUGGAUCCAGCUGCGUACUCUGAUGUGCCACAAGGUACCUGGAGUGAUGGAUUAGAGAGUAAUAAAACAAGAGCUGACAGUACUGCAUCUGGUGUUUUAUAUCAACAGAGGCCGUAUCCUGCCCCUGGCGAAGUUUUAGCAGCAAAUAAGGAAAAGUCGAAAAAGAAAUAACUAUUAUCUUAAUAUUAUAUAGGGUAUCUCACUAAUCACAGACUACUGGGAUCAAAAUAAGAUAAUUUAGAAAAAUAAAUGCUUCAUUUAAAAAUACAUAUUGUGUUAAAAUAGAA